GGGCCGCGCUCUCAUUCACAUAAAACGCUGCGCCGCGGGCGGAAUCCCCGGCUUCUGGAGCGGCGAGUGGCCGGGCUGGUCGCCGAGCCUGCGGGGCGGGAAAGAAGAGUUGAGCGGCCGCUCCGGCUCCGGCGGGCUCGGUGCGUCGGCCGCAGCCCCUCCAGCUCUCCACCCCCGCGCGGGUCGCCCUCCCGCGCCUCUCCGGCGAGCACCCUGGCCGUGGGCAGCUGCGGGCCGCUGGGCGGCGGCAUGAAGGUCACGUCGCUCGACGGGCGCCAGCUGCGCAAGAUGCUCCGCAAGGAGGCGGCGGCGCGCUGCGUGGUGCUGGACUGCCGGCCCUACCUGGCCUUCGCCGCGUCGAGCGUGCGCGGCUCGCUCAACGUCAACCUCAACUCGGUGGUGCUGCGGCGGGCCCGAGGCGGCGCCGUGUCUGCGCGCUACGUGCUGCCCGACGAGGCGGCGCGCGCGCGGCUGCUGCAGGAGGGCGGCGGCGGCGUGGCGGCCGUGGUCGUGCUGGACCAGGGCAGCCGCCACUGGCAGAAGCUGCGCGAGGAGAGCGCCGCCCGCGUCGUGCUCACCUCGCUGCUCGCCUGCCUGCCCGCCGGCCCGCGGGUCUACUUCCUCAAAGGAGGGUAUGAGACAUUCUACUCGGAAUAUCCUGAGUGUUGCGUGGAUGUGAAACCAAUUUCACAAGAGAAUUUUGAAACUGAAAGAUCCCUCAUCGGCCAGUGCGGGAAACCAGUGCUCCCCAUCAACUACAGGCCGGCUUAUGACCAGGGUGGCCCCGUUGAAAUCCUUCCAUUCCUCUACCUUGGAAGUGCCUACCACGCAUCCCAGUGCGAGUUCCUCGCCAACCUGCACAUUACGGCCCUGCUGAACGUGUCUCGCCGGACCUCUGAGGCCUGCACGACCCACCUACACUACAAGUGGAUCCCCGUGGAAGACAGUCACACAGCUGACAUCAGCUCCCACUUCCAGGAAGCAAUAGAAUUCAUUGACUGUGUCAGGGAAAAGGGAGGCAAGGUCCUGGUCCACUGUGAGGCUGGGAUCUCCCGUUCGCCCACCAUCUGCAUGGCUUACCUCAUGAAGACCAAGCAGUUCCACCUGAAGGAGGCCUUCGAUUACAUCAAGCAGAGGAGGAGCGUGAUCUCACCCAAUUUUGGCUUCAUGGGCCAGCUCCUGCAGUAUGAAUCCGAGAUCCUGCCUUCUACGCCCACCCCCCAGGCUCCCUCCUGCCAAGGGGAGGCUGCUGGCUCUUCCUUUAUAGCCCAUUUGCAGACACUGAGCCCCGACAUGCAGGGUUCCUACUGCACGUACCCUACCUCAGCACUGCCCCCAGUGCCCACCCACUCAACCGUCCCAGAGCUCAGCAGGAGCUCCAUGGCCACUGCCACAUCCUGUUAAAACUGGGGCGGGGGGGGGAACUGCCCGGCCCCAGGAACAACUGUGAUCUUGCUUUUUAAACUCGUGGACAUUUCAUUCCUGUGCAAUACUGAAGACCUCACUGUCCCACUGUCCCAAUAGGGAUAGGGAAUGGUCGCCAGGCUUGCAAACAAAUUUCAGACUGGCCUCGGGAUGGGUUCUCGGGACCGCAGGAAGGCCAAGCCAUUUUGAGAGCACAGUGUGUGCUGACUACUGUACUUCCAGACCCCCACCCCCACUGCCCUCAGGACUGCCCAGUCCUCACACCUCAAAGUUCGCCUUUUCAUUUCAAGCGUAAGGCAAUAAAUACCUGCAGCAACAUGGGAGAAAGCAGUUGCUCAGUCAGGAGAAAAAGCAGUUUCAAAGCCAAUUCAUUUUGAAGGAAGCACAAUUUCCAUCGAACUUUUGUAACUUGACAGUCUCAGUAUCUGUGUCUGUUGCUUCAGAGCAUAAGCUUGAGCACCAUCUGGUCAGGAAAGUAACCCUGCAGGGCCCGUGGGGGACACACCCUAUUUGCUGACUUGAACCCUAAAUUGUUUUUUGAGACCUCUCUCGGGCCCAUUGGAGGUGGUUGGCUACCAUAGCAAGACAGCAACUCUUCUGGGCUGCUUUUUCACUGUGGGUUCUUCCCUGACCUUGAACUUUGGCAUGAUUCUUAAUCAUACUUGAACCUUUCUCAUUACACCUCUCCUCAGAGCAACUCUUGGGUCAUUUAAAGAAAAAAAAAAGUUAUUCAAACCAUAGACCAAAAAUCACCCCAUUGAGGUGGUAGCAGUGGGUUUGAAGAGAAAAGGGCACCCACUAUCUGGGUCAGUGGCAAUGAAGCAGUCAUUUCCCCAGCUUGCUGUCCUUGUAUGUGCUUGUCUGUCUCUUGUGACACUUGUUUUUUUCCCUGCCCCUGGGGAUUAUCUCCAAGCUGUUGACUUCUGGGAUUUUCAGAUUUUACAAUGUGGUACUACUACUAUUUUUUUUUUUUGUCUGUAGGUUAUUUCUCCAGGGGAAAAGGCAAUAAUUUCCUUAAAAUCCAUAUGAAUGUGAAGAAAAGCAGUAUGUGACUGGCUGUUACUGUUUUUUUAUAGUGCAAAAUAAAAAGUAAAAUGAAAAAAAAGAU